AUGCCGAGAGGAGCAAUGAAAGACAAGCCCAAGAAGUCUGCUUUCCUAGCCAGCGAUGUCAUUGAUCCCAAUUCAGACCACCACGAGGGAGACACCAUGCUGAUUGACACAGAUGGCGGACAGGUGAAUGUUACCAGCAUCAAUAUUAUGAAAGCCAUCAAAUCUCUCAAACAGAACUUUCACUCAGAAAUCUGUGCCGUAUUAACAGCAUUAAGAGUAACCUAAGAAAGUGCAAUAGCCAUAUCACACAGCCUGAACAGCGGGUGUCCAGCGCUUAAGAUACAAUCAGUGUCAGGCCUGGACUAGAGGGAGGACUCAGACGCAGAGGUUCAAAGUUCAACAAACGCUUUAUUUUGAAAAUCGUCUUCUUUCUCAGUAGAUCGAGUGAUAAAUAAACAGGCAAUGAAAACCUUCUACCUAUCUACUAAGGGCGGACAGACAAACACAGAAACAAAAUCAAACCAAGACAGAACAAAAAUUCACUCCAAAAGGGAGGACAAACGAAAAGGCUAAUCUUCUCUAAUCUUCAGAGGAAUCACUAUGAAAAAUUUAUAAACAAAAGGCGCUCCAAAAGGAGGGAAACAAAAGGGCUACAAACUUAACUACACUGCACUACUAGGCUAGGAAAAAAACUUUAUAAAAACUAAGUCACUCCAAAAGGGAGGAAAAAAACAACAAGGCUAUGAAACAGAAGCUAGAUCUAAAAACUAAAUUGGAAAAAAAAAAACUACAACAGAAAAUCACUCUUCUAAAGAGGAAACAAGGAUUAUCAAAAAUACCAACGUGGUUAUCGAGCAAGGCUGUGGACAUGAAGGCUGGAGGAACACGAAUAAACGAGACACUCUGGCACAGGACAAAGGGAGACGCCGACUAUAAGACACAUGAGGUUAAUGGGGAACAGGUGGAAACAAUCAGGGAUCAGGGGAGACGUCAGACCGGAAACACAAGGGGAAGGGCAAGUGACCUGAAACGAGAGGAGAGUUAUUUUUCAAAAUAAAACAUGAAAAUGAAAAGACAGAAAAACCAGGACAAGACACCCCUCACCGCGUUGUGACAAUCAGUGAUCUGCAAUUAAAUAUUAACAUGCUGGGAAGAAAGGUGAAGUAUCUGACAACCAAAACAGAGGAUUUGGAAAACAGGAGCCGACAUAACAAUAUGAGAAUUGUGGAAAUACCUGCGCUUUUAUGAAGAAGUAGUUUACUGAGACUCUCGGUGUGCACCCCCUGGUGACACUGGAGAGAGCGCAUCGCAUUACGGGUCCAAAGCGCAACUCUUCUACCCACUGAACCUUCAUUGUGAGGUUCCUGAAUCAUUGAGAUAAGUAACGUGUGUGGAACGCUUCAAGACCAAAGGGCCAGCUGAUUUACUGAAAUAACAAGAUCAGGUUCCAUCCAGACCUAUCUGCUGAGGUGUAUACACAACAAUGGGACUUCUACGGAGUCCAACAAAAACUUUGAGAGAACAGACUCGACAAGCCCCUAAUCAUCUUUCCAGUAAAGCAACUUGUGACCCACGGAGACUGCACACACACCUCUGAUGCACCGGCUGCAGUUGACCAGUUUAUAGCUGGUCUGGAAGAAGAGAAAUGGAGUGGAAAUGAAGGAAAUCUGAUGGACAAUAGACUCUUGUAUGUAUGAACAGAAUAACACUUCUUUUUUAUUAUUUUUAUUUACUUUUUUCACACUGAGAAGGGAUUUAUUGUCCUUCUCCUCUGUUUUUUCUGAAGUAGCAGACGGAUCAUUAUUAAGCCGCAUUCAGACCAAACGCGACUUGGUUGCUGAGGUCGCUGACGUCGAGUAAUUAGUGAAAAUGCCAAGGGUCUUCAUAGCCCCCUCAAGAGGAAAAAAAUUCUUAAUAAGCUUAAACAUCUUAAAUGUAUGAUAGCUCUUAUACUGGAAAGUCAACUGUCAGACACUGAGCAUAAAAAACUCAGAUCUUGGGCAAGUAAUGUGUAUUACUCUUCCCAUAGUUCAGGUAAGAGAUGUGGGGUAGCCAUAAUGUCACAUAGCUCUCUACAGAUUUCUUUACACUCAAAAUUUACUGAUGGGGGGGUUAUACUAGUGAAAGGGUCCAUCUGUGGAAUAGAUGUCUCUAUGCUGAAUAUUUAUGCUCCAAAUUAAAAUAAAAAGUGUGUGAUUUCAUUAUAGAAAAGGCAAAGGGAAUUAUAUUAUUUGGAGGAGAUUUUAACUGUCUUGCCAAAUAGACUAGAUAAAAAUCCUCCCUCAACUAGUACACCUUCGGAUGUGAGCCAGGCCCUCAAACUGAUGACUUGAGGGACGAAGAUUAUUUCAUUUGCGUCAGCUAAGAAAAAAUGUAAAGAGGCAAAACGUAUGGAACUCAAAAAAUAAAUAGAACAGCUGGAACAGAAGCAUAAAAAACAGUUAUCUAUAAAUGACCUGACGCAGCUUAACAAAGCUAAGAGAGCUCUGGAAAAUCUGCUUACGAAAAAGAUUGAGAGAAAUUUGACAUUUGUAAAACAGCGUUAUUAUGAAUGUGGGAGUAAAGCGACUAGAUUACUGGCAUUUCAACUUAAAAACAGACAGGUUUAUCAGUCAUACAAAAAAUUAAAAACAGUGAUCCAGGGGACCCCUUUCUUUACAAACCAGAUGAAAUAUCAGAUGCUUUUGCUGCAUUUUACAAAAAGCUGUACUCAAAUACAGAUACAUGUAUAGAUUCCAAACAAUUCAAUAUUUAUUUAGUAAAUAUAAAAUUGCCAAUUACGUUUGAUGAGACUUCACAAACUAUGGAUGGCCCUAUAACAAGAGAGGAAAUAGUGGAAAUAAUAAGGGGGUUGAAAAACAGUAAAAGUCCAGGUUCAGAUGGAUUUUGUAACGAAUUUUAUAAAGUCUUCGUGGAGGAAUUAAGUCCAGGUCUGGAGAGAGGCUAUAGCAAGGGUCUUCAUAUAAAUUUUCAGUGGGUCCACCUGAAUGAAAUGCCUGCAGGCCUGGGUCCAGGGAUUUUUAUUUAUUUUUUUUUUUUUACAGUGCAUUACUCUUUUGAAGUAUUCACUUCAUUUGUAUUGCCAAUAACUGCCUACUUUCAAUUGGCUGUGUGCUUCCUGCGGGUAAAAUGAAUGCAAAUGACUCGGUCCACUCGCCAUAAAACACCCUGUUCUCAUUCUUUACUUUUCGUGGUUUUGAAGCCGACAUGUUUAGCUGCUGCUACAACUUUCUCCUCAGUCUGCCGCCUGACAGUUUUCAACAUCGGGACUGCUCGGUAAUCUUCGUGUGUCGAGUAGGCUAAGAGGUCUGAUUUGAUUGACAAGUCAAAUGAGUAAGCAAGUGAUGUAAUGCCUUGCUGAAAUUACACGUGCAGUUUACUGAACCAGGCACAAAGCAAGAGAGUAAGGCUGCACGAUAUUGGAAAAAACUAACAUUGCGAUUUUUUUCAACCCUGCGAUAUAUAUUGCGAUAUUAAAAAUAUAGGAAUUUUCACCAGAUGACCUGAAUAGCACUUAAUGUUAUACUGCACUGCUGAAGUCUUGAGGACAGUUAACCUGCACUGAUCUUACCUCUUUUUGUGAAUGGCUUCUGUCUGUCUCAGAGAUAUUUUUAGCUUUUAUUGUGCUGGGACGUUAUUGUGGCGACAGAUGAACACAGAACACGUGUUUUGGUCAACAUCAUCCUUCUAUUAUCCAAAACAAUUCCAGAUAACUGACUUUCCUUUUGUUUUUGGCAACAAAUCUUAAUUUUCGGUGUUUUUCUCUUGUUCGUUGCUCAUUUUGCAAUCGUUGUUGUUGUUGUUAGCGGUGUUGUGCCGAGAAACGCAUGUCCUCCUAGAAUUGCAUGCACCUUGCAAAACGCGCACCACUUAUAAUAGAGUGGUCCACGGAAAUGUACCAUUCAAAACCCAUACAGGUCUUAUUUGUUGGGCUUAACAGUCAGUAAAGUUACGAAAGUAAUUCUCAGCGGACACCCGUUUCUCGGCUGAACACCAGCAGCCAGCAAGUAACUCCAUGUGCAGAACAUGUGCAGGGGUGGGUUUCCUCCUCUCUGAUUUUGAUUGACAGCUGGCAGGGUAGUCUGAUUGGCAACUGAGAACUGAGUCUGAUUGGCAACUGAGUAAAGGACAAAGGUGAUUGGUGGAUCGCUACACAGCACAUGCAGAGUCCCAUGCAGUGUAUCUCAGUCGGCUACCCUUGAAAUCAACUGAGUUCAUUCACCUCCGACAUCGCAGGCUCUGCGAUGUGACUAUCGCACACAUGUAUAUCGUGCAGGCCUACAAGAGAGAAAAAAAACAUACAUUUUUCUGCGGUAGGCUCGGAUCCGUAUUGGACUCUUUCCUGGUCCGGAAGUGGACCGCGGUCUGCCAUACGGAGACCACUGGGUUAUAGGUUUGAAUUUAAAACUGAGGAACUUCCCCAAAAAUUGUAAAGAGACAAUUAUUUCAGUGAUACAUAGAGGGCAAGGACCCCACAGAGUGCAGUUCUUAUAGACCCAUAGUGCUUCCAAAGUCUGAUUGUAAAAUAUUGACCACGAUAAUUGCAAAACGACUUAAGUCUGCUAUUACAGCCACAGUGCACCAGGAUCAGACAGGGUUUAUUGCAGGGUUUAUUGGCCUGUGGGGGGGGGGGGGGGGGUGAAUGGGUUCAGCUUCUAUAUUCAUCUCCUCAGGCAUCAGUGAGGGCAAAUGGAUGUUUCUCAAGAAAAUUUGAGUUGGAGAGGGGUUGUAGGCAAGGAGACCCCCUCUUACCUCCUCUAUUUGCCCUAAUAGACUUGCCCUAAACCCCCUCUUCAGCCAGUGAACACCUGUGGAGUGGAUAUCAAGUGGUGACAUCAUAUAAAUACCUAGGUGUACAUCUAGAUAAUAAGUUGGACUGGUCUAAGAAUAUAGACAUCAUCUGCAGAAAGGGGCAGAGCCACCUCUUUUGCCUGAGAAGACUCCGAUCAAUAGACAUCUGUAGUAAGUUGCUGCAGAUGUUUUAUCAGUCUGUGGUGGCAGGUGUUUUGUUCUACACUGCAGUCUGCAGGGGAGGAAGCAUCAAACACAAAGAUGCAAGACGUCUUAACAAACUAGUGAAAAAGGCUGGCUCUGUGGUUGGACUCAAGCUGGACUCAGUGGAGGAUUUGGUGGAGAGAUCUACACUGAGGAAGGCGGAGACUAUUCUAAAGAACAUGGAUCGCCCACUUCACAACACCUUGAUGGACCAAAGGGCCAAUGGUGGUGGACGGCUCCUCUCUCUUCACUGCAGGACAGAAAGAUUCACAAGAUCUUUUGUACCAACAGCCAUCAGACCUUUUAAGUCUUGUGUAAAUAAUAGAUAACUUUUGGAGACAUAUUAUGUGAGACAACAGACAAUUGAAUUUUCCUUCUAAUAAAGUAAUUCUUAUCUAAAGCAUAGAACCACUAGCACAAUUAACAAGAGAUAGUUCAAAUGUAAGUGGCAUUGAAGUGAAUGGAGAGGAACACAAGUUGUCGUUAUAUGCAGAUGACAUAAUUGUGUAUAUCUCUGAUCCUAAAAAAAAGUGUGUCAUUUGGACUUUACUCUGGAUACAAGAGUACAAAAGUAAAUGUGACAAAAACCGAAGCACUCCCUAUGAAUAACUUGAUCUCUCCUCAACUGAAGACCUUAUUUUCAUUCAGAUGGCCUAGGGAGGGCAUCAGGUAUUUGGGGAUAAAUAUACAGUCUGAACUAAUUUUAUAUAAGCCAAUUAUGCAAAAUUUAUAGAAAAAAUCUAAACCACUCCCUCUUACAUUAACCAGUAAAUUGGAGACUAUCAGAAUGAAUUUACGGCACAAUUUCUCCUUCUUUUCCAGACAUUACCAGUUGCCCCUCCUAAAUCUAUGUUUGUUCUUAUAGACCUCCUCAUCUCAAGAUUUACAUGGUUGGGCAAAAAGCCCAGGGUUAGAUAUAAAGUCUUACAAUUAGCAAAAUCUAAGGGAGGAAUAGGACUGCCCAAUCUAAAAUGUUAUUACUGCGGCACAACUAUGGGCGAUGAUAAUAUGGUUAUCAGAUGACAUAAACACAAGAUGGCUUAAUAUGGAAAAGAGUUAUAGUAUUGAUAUGCCUCUAUCAGUGACCCCCUUUACAGUUACUAAUGCUAAUUUGUGGAGAGAAUUGCAGUGGAAGAUAGUGAAUAGAUUUUUUAGAUCACCAGAUAUUAUGGCAAAGAUGAGCUCAAGUCGGUUAAGUACACGUUGGAGGGGAUGCGGUAAGAACAAAGCGACACACCAACAUAUAUUUUUGCAAUGCCCAAAUCUGUUUUUGCUACUGUGAAUCAAACAUGAGAAGUCGAACUGGCUAGGGACCUUCUGACAGCAAUUCUUGGGAUAAAACCAGAUGUCAUUCUCAAUAGGAAAAGGAUGUACAUCCUCCAAGUAGUACUAAUCGCAGCAAAGAAAGCAAUUGAUUAAGAUGGCUUUAACAGAAUCCCUCCACAUCGAUGAAUGGGUAGCAAUCCUAAAAGAUAUUUAUACAAUGGAAAAAAUGACAUAUUUGUGACGAUUACAAAAAGAAGUGUUUAUGGAAAGAUGGCAACCAUUAAAGGAGGCGGUGGGAGAACAAAUGGAAUGACAACCCAUAAAGCUUUUUGUCUCAAAUGAUAAAAUGAUACCCAGAGGUAAAUGAUAAAGAUAUGCAUGUGCUGAUGAAUAGAUGAAGUAUCUUCAUGUAAAGGGAAUUUAUAACCCAUGAUUGGUAUCAUCUUUGAUAUAUUGCUUUUGUCUUGUUCUUGUUUGUCUUGUUUUUUUCUUCCAUCCUCUUCGUUUGUUCGAUGUUUUUUAUGGUUGUUUUUUUAACUUUUCCCUCUUUCUAAAAUUUGUUUUAAAUUUUAAUUUUCUGAUUUAUUCAUUUACACACACACACACACACACACACACACACACACACACACACACACACACACACACACACACACACACACACAUACACACAUAAAUAUAUAUAUACAUAUAUAUAUAAAGCAAUUGUUUACAAAGACCACUUGUAAAAUGAAUUAUUUUAAUGGCUGUUGAAUUAUUAUUAUAAAAGUGGAUGUGAGAAAAUAAAUAAAUAAAUAAAUGAUGCAGAGACGUGCACACAUGCCAAGGAAUCAUUUGACUGAUGUGUGUCAAAACCGUCUUCGUUUGGUCAUCAAUGUGAAAGAGAGCUUUGUCGAAACAAAAUGUACACUUUAUCUGUUUUUGUCUCCUCUCCCGUUUGCAGCUGCUCAAAGAGAAACAUGAUAACACUCUUUUAAUCGCUGAGACCCUGCAACAAAAAAGCUCCUGGGCAAAUCCAACAGAGGUAUGAGGCAGUUUGUUUCUUUUAAUGCAGGCUUCUUUUUUUAUGCUCUGUUCUUGUGAAAGACAUGCGUGAUAAGACUUGGAAAUUUUUUUCAGUGUCUCAGUUUGCUGUUGGAGAAUUUGAGGCCUUACAGUAUACCUUUAACCUGGAGCGGGACCUGAGGACUGAGGCUGAGAAAUUUGCUAGAGAGGUGAUUUUUCACAGUAACCCCCUGUGAGGGUUAGUCCAAACCUGUCCUCACUCUGUUUAAUGUGGAGGAUCAUCUGUGUCCCUGUAACCCUUUUUUCAGAUGCUGGUUGAGCAAAAGCAGCUGAAGAGACAGAGUCUGAUCCUGACCCAGAGCCCCUCGCCCAGUCAAGCCCUACAAGAAGCUCUCAGCCAGGUCACAAAACUGACCCGGGAUCUGAAUCUGGAGCAUGAGAAUCAGGUUUGCAAGAAGUGGACUGGUUUAUGGCUGACACAUUGCACACAGUGUCAGGAUCCAUAGUUUUUGGUUGGGUUUCACAGACAUUGAUACAUGGUACAGACUGUAAGCCAGAAUUUGUGAUGUUUCUCUGUUACUUGGAAGUACUUAUUAAGAUCUCUUUACUGAAGAACGUACCCAAAGUACAGGUCACUCAAAAUUAUAAAACAGAAAACCUUGUGAGAGUAAAUACAAGCUUUGAUAACUUAGAUUAUAAUUAUCAUUAUUAUUUUUCCUAAUAUGGUAGUAUGAGGCUCAUGUGAACGGGGAGUUAGCCACAUAGGAUCCCAGUCAGCUCUAGCCCUCUUUUGACCAUAGAACCUCAAUGAAAGCCAGGCAGCAAGGGCCUAACCCCCCCCCCCCCCCCCCUCCCAACACACACACACACACACACACACUCUAGCAUCUACCUCUUUUACUUUUGGUGCCGACUCAGAGUUGGAGGAUGACGGCUUGCGUAAAGUAGUUGGCUAGGGCUCCUUUACACAAUCAAUAGUGUUCCGUUUUUGUAGGGCUUUUCAUAUUAGAAAACACUCCAUGAUUCUGCGGCUUGUUUCUUGCUCUUUGUGAAAUCAAAUGUAUUUACGCAGUUAAAUGAUAAAAAGAUGUGCUGCACAGUCAGACCGUCUGCUGACCCCUGUGGGCUGGGCAAUUCAUGUUGUGAGAUCUUACUGACAACAGGCACGUAAGACAGAUUUUGAUGAUCAAUUUUAUGUUUUUAUUUAUCUAAAAUGAAUUUACUUAUUUUUUUAUUUAUGCAUAUAUGUAAAAAGAAUAUAUUUAUGUAUUUAUUCCAUAUAUUUCUAUAUGAAAUGUCAUAAUAGGUCAUUUUUUAAACGCACCCUUGAUGCAGUCAGAUGGCACCCACUUUGAGAAAGUCUGUUCUAGGAUGUGACAGGCCUGUAGGGCAUGAUUAGCCGAUUUGCUAAAAAUUGAGAAAUUCGGACAGUACCAUGGACAUGCAGUUUACUUUGGACACAGAUGGACACCUUUAUGAAGCAGAGGAAGAAGCAGACUCAGCAGACCAAGGGAGGGAGGGGACUGGAGAACAGGAGGGAUCCGAAUUACCUGGUGGUCCAGGCGUGUUAACUGUGAACCCAUCAACUCAGGGAGCUCCUACUGUCAAGAGUGGGGCUUGGUACCAACAGGACAUCAGGACCUUUCUGAAUCAGGGGAAACCAGUGGCUCACAUACAGCUGCAGUCUGAGUUUCUGCUUCGCUGAUCAAUGACCGCUCCCCGGGGACAUUGUUAGGUUGUCUGGACUGACACACAUGUUGCAUGAAAGAUGGGGAAGGGCCUCUGGAGCAGCAGACCAGAGCAGUGGUUUUCACUAAAGAGGGGGACCAGGGAAUGAGCCCCAUUUAACAGGGUAACAUGAUCCAGAUUGUGUUAUGGUGGUAAGUGUUAUGACUUUACCUAUUAAAAUAAUGAACUCAAAGAUGGGAAUCAGGAGAAAACCAUAAACCAUGACUGAGAACCUGUUUUUAUGAAGAAAGUACCUGAUUGAAGAGUAUGAAACAUUCCCACCUGACACAGAGAAGCUACGUAAAAAAAGGUAUGACAUGUGUUAUCAAUCUGUGGCUUUACACCUACAAUGCCCCUGAUUCUUAUGCAUCCAAAACGAUUAUUAACUGGUUAAUCACAUGGAGAGGGAUGCUUGGUGACUAAUCACAGGCCAUACCAGUGAACUCUCUGUCUCUGACCUCUGAGUUUCAUCAUUAAAAGAGCAGCAAUGCCGCUCCCUCCCACCUCUUCAGGCUCUGAUGGGAAACAAUUAAACUGAGUGGGAUCACUGAUCGCUGCUGGUGCUGGGGAGAAGGAGAGCCAGACCCUUGGUUUGAGGAACAAUUAAAGCACUGUUUAAGGGACCAGGGACCAGAGUGGAUGUCUGAGUGUCAGGUGUGUCACUACUUGGUUAUUUGUCAGAUAUCACACCAGCAGGAGCUGCAGCUCAUAAAGUGAUGCAGAGUAUGGAUCAAGAUUUGUGAAGAGUUAAAAGGAAACAUCUCUUGAAGAGUCACAUACACUCAAGCUGACAACCCCAAAACCUCAGCCCCACAAAAACUGUGACAUGGUGUAAUUAAAACACAUUUUGAUGGCCUGCAAACCUUAUCUGUAAUUAAAAAAAGACAUCAAAAGUUUUACCGGAGCUGAGACAGGGUCAAGAUUAAUGUGUUUCUCUUCUGUUAACAUCACUCUAUAAAUCCAGUGGAAGCUCAGAGACCAGUUUCUGAGUUUUGACAGGAAGACACUGUCUCAUUCUUGCCUAACACUGCCGAGGAUUACAGCUGCUGAACAGUUUAGGGUUUUUUUCUUUUUGGUUUAUGUUGUCAAAUGUUUUUAACAGGUUCGGACUGUAGGCAGAUCAGCAGGACUCUUCUCCUACAGAGCCACGCUGUUGUAAUCCCUGUUGUCAGAAUGUGGUUUGUCAUUGUCUUGCUGAAAUAUGAAGGUCUUUCCUGAAAAAGUCUUUGUCUGGAUGGCAGUGUUGUUUUCGUCAGGCGGGACGAAAACUUAAAUGACGACGUCAGACCCCUUUUUUCCUUGACGAAAAUGAGACUAAGACGAACGUCACCAAAGCUCUGUAAAGACUAAAAUGUGACGAAAAUUGUAUUGAUUUUCGUCAGACGAGAACGAGACGAGACUAAAUUGUUAUUAGGUGGACGAACAAAGUUUCAAAACAUGCUUUUUUUUGUCCUUACAGUCACGCCCCCAUCACACACGCACCAAAAGCCUCGCUCGCGCAUAGCUGCGCGCACACACUCAUACAUAUACACAUACACAGAGCGGCAGGUGGACGAGGCGCGCGCAAACACACACCGUGGCGGCAGGCACAGCAGCAGUGCCCGGUGGCCGAAAAAAGAGGGAUGAUUUUUGGUCCUACUUCAGAUACAGUCCAAGUGACAAUAAAACACAAUGUCUUGUACGGGGACAGGGAGACGAGACAGACGAACGUUGUGGAGCCACAGCUUCCUCAUGCUGCGGCUUCAAACUGUCGGGAAAGAACACCACGAACCUCAAAAGGCACCUUUUUGUCGACUAAAACUAGACUAAAACCUUUUGAGUUUUCGUCGGACUAAAACUAGACGAAAACUAUCAAGGAUAGAAAUGACUAAAAUGGGACUGAAACGAAGAAGCAUUUCGUCAAAAUGACUAAGACUAAAACUAAAUCUAAAAUGCCUGCCAAAAACAACACUGCUGGAUGGCAGCAGACGUUGCUCCUAAACCUGUAAAUAUUGUUCAGGACUAAUGGAGCCUUCAGAGAUGUGGAAGAUACCAAUGACAUGGACUCUGAUGAUCCCCAUACCAUCAGGGAUGCUGGCUUUGGACUGGACUGUGGACAAACUUCAAAAAGUAAUUACACAGAAUAUAAUUUUUUCUCCCCCCCUGUUUGUGAUGUUGAGAUGUAGUACUGUAAGACUGGUUUGUGCUCAAGUCCACUUUUUUCUGUGCAGCUCCAUUUUUAAAAGUUAUUAGGGAUUCUUGUUUUCUAUGAUUGACACUCGAUACAGCCUAUGGGCAUAAUAGGCUGUGAGAUCGUGUUGGUUUGUUCCACUUCAGUGGGGCAACAUAAUCUGUGAUUCAUAAAAUAGCUCUAUUGAUAGUAAGUACUAAAAAAAAUAUCUACUCAUGCCAUCUGGUCGAUUUUUAGUAAUCAGUGAUUUGGUGUCGAACUAUUUCCUUUCUGCGGCAUAGUGAUACUUGCACAUGCGCAAUCGAAUAUGCAGAGGGGUGAAGCGAUUUUUGUCACGUGGACCAAUAGGAGCCAAGUCUCGUUGCCAUAGUAUCAGAAAUACACAAACAUGGCGACGAGUGCAUCUAGCAGCAAGACAAGCGAAGAGGAAGAAAAGAAAAGGAAAAAAACUGCCUUCAAAAGUGCAUAAAAAAGGAAAGAAACGAUGCUAUAUGCAUCUAUCAUCUGUCCAGAGUGAAGAUGUUCUCGAUUUUACUAGGACAUGUUGGGAAACUUACAGAACUAGUAUUAGAAAGUGGCUUUCUCUACAGGGUGAGACAAAAGACCUUGCAGAAACUUAUAAACAUUGCGUUGAUAUCAACUUUGACAAUGUUUCUGAUGACGCUGGGUUUCACAUGACAUGCUACCAGCGAUUUAUUUGCAAAAGGCGUUUGAGAAACAAGAAAGUGAUGCAGCCGCGGGUCAGUCAAACCCUUCAGCCAGCAUCGCCGAUGCAUCCACAUCCACGGCAUCUGAAACUCCGCGAAAGAAACUUCGCUCGAGGUCAUAGGCUGUAUUGGGACAAAGGAAAAAGUGCCUGGAAAGUGAAUUUCAUUCCACUGCACUGGUGCUACUUGUUCAAUACAUUUUUGCAUAGACAAUACCAUUCUGGACUUUGGUUUAAAAUAUCUACUCAGACUAUCUGUCAGACUUUUGUCACAAGCCAGAAAUUUACAUACAGUACAGGCCAAAAGUUUGGACACACCUUCUCAUUCAAUGCAUUUUCUUUGUUUUCAUUACUAUUUAAAUUGUAGAUUCUCAAAACUAUGAAUGAACACAUGUGGAAUCAUGUGCUUAAGAAAAAAGUGUGAAAUAACUGAAAACAUGUAUUAUAUUUUAGAUUUCUCAAAGUAGCCACUCUUUGCUUUUUUGAUAGCGCUGCAAACUUUAGCUGUUCUCUCAAUGAGCUUCAUGAGGUAGUCACCUGAAAUGGUUUUUACUUCACAGGAGUGCCUGAAGUAACCCUGACAAGGUACUUCUGUCAUCAAGAGCAAAGGGUGGCUAUUUUAAAGAAACUAGAAUAUAAAACAUGUUUUCGGUCAUUUCACACUUUCUUUAUAAGUACAAAAUUCUACAUGUGUUCAUUCAUAGUUUUAAUGUCUUCAAUAAUAAUCUACAAUGUAAACAGUCAUAUAAAAAAAUAAAGAAAAGACAUUGAAUGAGAAGGUGUGUCCAAACUUUUGGCCUGUACUGUAUAUGUGAGUAACCCAAAAACAAUUAUAUGGUGCUGCUGUUUUUGCUUGUAGUAACUGCUAUGUUGAUUCUGGCAAGACCAAAUCUUUCUCAAAUGUCAUAAAUACCGCUAUCUAACAUCUGAAACAGUUAUUGGUGCCUUAGUAUACGCAUAAGUGAAUUCAGAUUAUUAAAUGUAGCAAAUUUCUUGAAGAAAACGUCUCAACUCAAGUGAUUUGCACCCAGCACAAUGAAAUAUAAACAGUAAAUUUAGCUAAAAGCUUAUGUUUCAUACAUAAAAAUGACACAACCUACUGUGUAAUAAAAGCAAUAAGAUAUAAAAAGCACAUCAUGGCCAUAAAUGGCUGAAAGUCAAUCAAAUUGCUACCACACCCACCAAAAUUGGAAUAAUGGAAAAAAUAUAACAAGACAAAAAUAAAUGCACAAAAGGUCAGAAUUAAUUCAAAAUAUGGUAUAAAACAUUUAUUCAAGUAUCACAGUGUCAAAACAUCUGACAUUUAUCAAUCCCUCCAGAAUAUGAAAAGAAAGAUCAAAACACAAACGCAGACAAUUGUAGAACAAAUAUAAAAAUAAUAAAAAUCUAAAAUCUCGGUGUAGCAAUCCUUUAAACUAAACAAAUUGUACAUGGUGACAUGGUGCGUUUAUUACGCAUCACUAUCACUUUCAUCAGAGUCAUCAUCCCAUACAGCUCUUUCUUUUGUUUCCUUUAAAGCAUUCUCACAUGCUUGGCACCGACAUAAAUCUGUACAAGGUAGUCUUGCAGACAUACAAGAACAUUGUUUAGUCUCACAUUUGGUUGUCUUGCAACUACAAUGGACUAUCACUAUCAGGGGCAGGAUUUGUGAAGAAAGUGUGAAGGGGCACACAUUUUACCAGUCAGAGAAUGUUUCAUCACCGCUGCUUGGUAGUUUGCUCUCAUGCAGUGUUGGUACAGGGCGUCACUCUUUGGGGGAAUGGACAGUUCUGGCAAAGCUGACGAGGCCAUGCAAAAAGAUUUGUAUCUGGCAUCAUUUACAUUUUUGGCAGAUGACUGGCCAUACAGGUGGCACACAUAAUUACUCAGCGUGUUAAAGGUGGAUUGGUCAAGGUUAAAACUGUUGCCCAGAUUUGCAAACCCAGUCAGGUAUUCUUCUUUCUGACAAGCAACAGAAAAUGUUUUUCUUUUGCCCUUGCCAUUAAAGGCACUGGUCGAGUCACAACCUGUGAAUGUAUGGAUGUUCUUGUAUGUCUGCAAGACUAUCUUGUAAGUAGGUUGUGUCAUUUUUAGGUAUGAAACAUAACAUUUUAGCAACAUAGCAACAUUUUAGCUAAAUUUACUGUAUAUAUUUCAUUGUGCUGGGUGCAAAUCACUUGAGUUGAGAUGUCUUCUUCAAGAAAUUUGCUACAUUUCAUAAUCUGAAUUCACUUAUGUGUAUACUAACGCCUGGUUCACACAGGAAGCGCCGCGCACUGAGUUUCGAAACGGGCGCCUGUGUUAACCUUUGUGACUGUUCACACAGCGCGUGUGGGGGACUGCCGCACGCGGAACGGCUCGCACUCUGGAGCGCGGCUGCUCCGCUUCUCUCUAUUUUUUGCGUGAGCCACAAGUGCCAAUUGUAAAGCUGGACAGAGAAGAUCGGACCAGACAGGAAGUUGGGAACAGGAGACUCCGGCCAAUUUUCAAAAUAAAAUAAAUUUCAAUAAAUUAGAAAAAAAGGAUUUACGGUGAUGCUUGUUGGUCUAUUUUUUCCCAAUGAACACGCAUGCACACACACACACACACACACACACACACACACACACACACACACACGGAGGGAGAGCGGCAGAGAUUCAGUGAUGUUAUUGAGACAAAGGAGGGGGACUUUAAUACGAUAGAGUCAAUAGCCUCGAGCUAACAAGGCUACACAUACAACGGAGUCAACAGACUCCCCAAUCCAUUUGUGGUUUACCCCUAUAUAAUAAUUUAAAACAAUACUUGAAGAUGCUGCCAAUAUUUAAUCUAUACUCACCGGCCACUUUAUUAGGUACACCUGUCCAACUGCUCGUUAACACUUAAUUUCUAAUCAGCCAAUCACAUGGCGGCAACUUAGUGCAUUUAGGCAUGUAGACAUGGUCAAGACAAUCUCCUGCAGUUCAAACCGAGCAUCAGUAUGGGGAAGAAAGGUGAUUUGAGUGACUUUGAACGUGGCAUGGUUGUUGGUGCCAGAAGGGCUGGUCUGAGUAUUUCAGAAACUGCUGAUCUACUGAGAUUUUCACGCACAAACAUCUCUAGGGUUUACAGAGAAUGGUCCGAAAAAGAAAAAAUAUCCAGUGAGCGGCAGUUCUGUAGGCGGAAAUGCCUUGUUGAUGCCAGAGGUCAGAGGAGAAUGGCCAGACUGGUUCGAGCUGAUAGAAAGGCAACAGUGACUCAAAUAACCACCCGUUACAACCAAGGUAGGCAGAAGAGCAUCUCUGAACGCACAGUACGUCGAACUUUGAGGCAGAUGGGCUACAGCAGCAGAAGACCACACCGGGUGCCACUCCUUUCAGCUAAGAACAGGAAACUGAGGCUACAAUUUGCACAAGCUCAUCGAAAUUGGACAAUAGAAGAUUGGAAAAACGUUGCCUGGUCUGAUGAGUCUCGAUUUCUGCUGCGACAUUCGGAUGGUAGGGUCAGAAUUUGGCGUCAACAACAUGAAAGCAUGGAUCCAUCCUGCCUUGUAUCAACGGUUCAGGCUGGUGGUGGUGGUGUAAUGGUGUGGGGAAUAUUUUCUUGGCACUCUUUGGGCCCCUUGGUACCAAUUGAGCAUCGUUGCAACGCCACAGCCUACCUGAGUAUUGUUGCUGACCAUGUCCAUCCCUUUAUGACCACAAUGUACCCAACUUCUGAUGGCUACUUUCAGCAGGAUAAUGCGCCAUGUCAUAAAGCUGGAAUCAUCUCAGACUGGUUUCUUGAGCAUGACAAUGAGUUCACUGUACUCAAAUGGCCUCCACAGUCACCAGAUCUCAACCUAAUAACGUGGCCGGUGAGUGUAUGUAUGACGUAAAAAAAACGUAAAUAAAUAUUGAUUUACCCAUGUUUAAAGCGCUCGUAAGUGUGGAAAACUGAGGGCAGACGGAAACAGCCGAGCACUGCCGGGCUCAGUCGAUGUCUGACCGGCGCCUCAGAGCGCAGCAGAAAAAGCGCCGGCACAGCGCGCGCAGCAUCGGCGUCCUGUGUGAACCAGGCGUAAGGUCCCAAUAGCUGUUUCAGAUGUUAGGUAGGUGUAUUUACGACAUUUGAGAACGAUUUUGUCUUGCCAGAAUCAACAUAGCAGUUUCUACAAGCAAAAACAGCAGCACCAUAUGAUUGUUUUUUGGGUUUCUCACGUAUAUGCACAUUUCUGGCUGGUGACAAAAGUUGGACAGAUAGUCUGGGUAGAUAUUUUAACCAAAAGUCCAGAAUGGUAUUGUCUAUGCAAAAAUGCAUUGAACAAGUAGCACCAGCGUAGCUGAAUGAAAUUCACUUUUUAGGCACUUUUUCCUUUGUCCCAAUACAGCCUAUGACCUUGAGCGAAGUUUCUUUCGCGGAGUUUCAGGUGCCGUGGACGUGGAUGUAUCGGUGAUGCUGGCUGAAGGGUUUGAUGACCCGCGGCUGCAUCACUUUCUUGUUUCUCAAAUGCCUUUUGCAAAUAAAUCGCUGGUAGCAUGUCAUGUGGAACCCGGCAUCAUCAGGAACAUUGUCAAAGUCGAUAUCAAUGCAAUGUUUAUAAGUUUCUGCAAGGUCUUUUGUCUCACCCUGUAGAGAAAGCCACUUUCUAAUACUAGUUCUGUAAGUUUCCCAACAUGUCCUUGUAAAGUCGAGAACAUCUUCACUCUGGACAGAUAAAAAAUGCAUAUAGCAUCGUUUCAUUCCUUUUUUAUACACUUUUGAAGGCUGUUUUCUUUUUUCCUUUUCUUUUCUUCCUCUUCGCUUGUCUCGCUGCUAGAUGCACUCGUCGCCAUGUUUGUGUAUUUCUGAUACUAUGGCAACGAGACUCUGCUCCUAUUGGUCCACGUGACAAAAAUCGCUUCACCCCUCUGCAUAUUUGAUUGCGCGUGUGCAAGUAUCACUAUGCCGCAGAAAGGAAAUAGUUCGACACCGAAACACUGAUUACUAAAAAUCGACUGGAUGGCAUGAGUAGAUAUUUUCUUUAGUACUUACUAUCAAUAGAGCUAUUUUAUGAAUCACAGUUUAUGUUGCCCCACUGAAGUGGAACGAGAUUCACUUUCUAGGCACUUUUUCCUCUGUCCCAAUACAGCCUAUAAGAGAGCAAUUUGGCUUCAAAUUUAUAUGGUGACAGAAGGUGGAGCCAAGUUGUCCAUAGUAUAUACAGUCUAUGGCGAAGAAAGAACGCACCCCACAUGGGCUCUGUGGGUCAUGGGCUUUAGAUGGGCUCUGGCUCAGAGCGGUCUACAACAUUUCUGAAUCCUGUUUCUAUCUGGUUUUCUCUUUGCACGGUUUAGUUUUAACCUCAUUUGUGGAUGCAGGUUGAAAUUGUGUUUUCAGAUACCACAGACGCGUUUUUUUUUUAGCAGUGAAAUUUUGUUUACUCAGUGAUUCCCGCUGCAGUUCUCUUUUUAGUCUAGUGCCACCUGAGUGUCCAAAGAUCUGUCAUCCAGAGUUGUCUCUUUGCCUGGUCCCUUUGGUGCUGACAUUUCUUAAGAUUCUGAUUCAUUUUGGGACGUUUUGAGAAUAGUUUGACCUCUUUCUCUCUCAGUCUCUCACAGAGUAGUUGACCUCUUCCCAUCUUUUCUGCUGAAAGACUCAACCUCUCUUGAAUCCUUGUUUUCUGAGAGAUGUUAGUCCAGGUGUUUUCUUCAGCAUUACAUUACAUUAAAUUUAAAAUUAGCAAAAACUUAACAUUUAAAAUGCAUCAUUUUAAAUUAGAUAGAAGGUAAGAAGGAUUUACAGACCAUCUUUUGUGUGGUAUUGGCAUCAUAUAUAACAAGUAAUGUUUGUUUAUAUGAUAGUGAAGGUUUAAAGUAACCUUGUUUAUGAUGCUAACAGUGUGAGCUUCUUGUGAUCAGUGUUAAACACUGUGAUUGAUCCUUCUUUAGAUCCAGCAGAUGGAGGACAGGCUGAAGAGCUGUGAGAUGCAGAAGGAGCUGAGGCGUAAACUGGAGCUGUUGGAGGAAGAGAGGAUGGAUCACCAUGAAAAAUAUUCCAAGGCUGAAGUGGAGGUCAAAGAUCUGCGCUUUACAGGUGAAGACAUAUUCAGAACUCUGAGGGUAGAGCUCUCUGUGGGGCUUUACUGUGCACUCUUUACUCUAGUGACCCAUUCAGAAUCAUCACCAUCUGCUCUGAAGAGUGACCCUGAGAUUCUCCUCUUGUCUUUGUCAUCCAAGAGAAUAUCAGCUCUUCAGAGUCUGAACAGCAAAAGUCUCUCUUUCUCUGUUCUUGAUGCUGUGUAUUUACUCUGACCGUAUAUCUGUCAUCAGCCAGUCAAGUUAUUCCAGAAGAAACUGCAAUCGGCUACCAACCCACCUCCAGCUUCAGUGCCUCCACCUCCCCCACCACCACCUCCUCCCCCAGCCCCAGCCCCCUCAGCCUCCAACCCUCUCAGGUUUGAUCAAAGCCUGUUACUGGCCCGCUGAGUUACUUACUUUGCACCAUCAUUGCUUUGAAACAAAAUAAAUUCAUUCGAUUAAAUGUGUGACCUUGUCUCAUGGCAAUGAAAUACGUUUGGGAUGAUCUGAUGGGAGCAGGUUGUUACAGCAGCGUUGUCAUUUCCAGUCAUAGUUUGAGCUGCUCAGUAACUCAGCAGUCAUCCAACUGCAUAAGAGUUAUACAUUGCCAGUACAACCAUCAGAUGAUCUCCUCUUGUUUUUCUCCUGCAGCUUCUUAUUGUCACUGAUCUGGAAGAGAAGAGAUGUCAGUACUGA